AUGGCCGACUUACAAGGACGCAAAGUAUUCAAGGUUUUCAACCAGGACUUUAUCGUGGACGAACGGUAUACGGUCACCAAGGAAUUGGGCCAAGGAGCCUAUGGUAUCGUUUGUGCCGCCGUCAACAAUCAGACCAAUGAAGGAGUUGCCAUCAAAAAGGUCACCAAUGUCUUUAGCAAGAAGAUUCUCGCCAAGCGCGCCCUGCGCGAGAUCAAGCUGCUGCAGCAUUUCCGAGGCCAUCGCAACAUAACAUGUCUGUACGACAUGGACAUUCCCCGUCCCGACAACUUCAACGAAACAUAUCUAUAUGAAGAGCUCAUGGAAUGCGAUCUUGCUGCCAUCAUCCGCUCCGGACAACCCUUGACCGACGCCCAUUUCCAAUCCUUCAUCUACCAAAUCCUUUGCGGUCUCAAGUACAUCCACUCGGCCAAUGUAUUGCACCGUGAUCUCAAGCCCGGAAACCUGCUGGUCAAUGCCGACUGCGAGCUCAAGAUUUGCGACUUUGGCCUGGCCAGAGGUUUUUCAGUCGAUCCCGAGGAGAAUGCUGGUUACAUGACCGAAUAUGUUGCCACGAGAUGGUACCGUGCUCCCGAGAUUAUGUUGAGCUUCCAAAGCUACACAAAAGCCAUCGACGUAUGGUCUGUUGGAUGUAUUCUGGCUGAAUUGCUUGGCGGCCGUCCCUUCUUCAAGGGCAGAGACUAUGUCGACCAGCUCAACCAGAUCUUGCACAUCCUGGGUACCCCCAAUGAGGAAACCUUGUCGCGAAUCGGUUCUUCUCGUGCCCAAGAGUAUGUGCGCAACCUGCCGUACAUGGCCAAGAAGCCCUUCCAGCAGCUCUUCCCCAACGCGAACCCCGAUGCCCUCGACCUCCUCGACCGCAUGCUUGCGUUUGACCCCUCUUCCCGCAUCUCCGUCGAGGAAGCGCUCCAGCACCCUUACCUCAAGAUUUGGCACGACGAGACGGACGAGCCCGAUUGUCCGACCACCUUCAACUUUGAUUUUGAAGUUGUCGACGACGUUGGCGAUAUGCGAAAGAUGAUCCUGGACGAAGUCUAUCGCUUCAGACAGCACGUCAGAACGGCACCAUCGGGGGCUGGGCAGCCUGGUGCUGGACAACAGCCCGGCGCCGGCCAAGUCCCAUUGCCAAGCGGACAACAGCAGUGGACCAGCGAAGAUCCCAGGCCACAAGAAUACCAGGGCCAGGCCGGUGGUCUGGAAGCCGAGCUGGCAGGUGGACUGGACAGGCGAUAG